AUGCAGAGGAUAAUUGCUAUUCUCCAUUUGUUAUACUUGUGUCUCACCAUUCGAACACAAUCAACGACCACACCAGUCCCAUCUAACUCAUCCGUCAGUCCAAGCACGGAAUCUAAUGGGACCGGGACAACCGAAACCACGACACAGUCGACACGACAACCUCUGUCUGUUCUCUACCCGAUCAAUUCAUCAACCCCGUUGACGGGAAUCGGGCAACGUAAUCAAAGCACACAAUUGCGACAUCUUAUCACAGUACGAUACAAGCGACUCAACUAUGUGAUGCCACAAAAUUUGACCCUGCCGUUUGACGAAGCCGAACUACACUGUCGACGGGAAUUCGGUGAUGACAUGCAUUUAGUGUCAGUUCACUCUGGCGAGGAAUGGGCAAUGAUUGAGAAAGUAUUCGGACAGUUUACGUCUUCCGGACUGUGGUUAGGCGGUACGAUGACCAAAGCAAGACUGCGCAAAUUCCACUUCGAAUGGAAAGAUUUUACUCCCUUCGAUUACCACCGCUUCACAAUGGGAGAACGUAAAAGAUGGCGAACAAUUGCGAAAUACAGCCAUAACGGUUGUAUACAGGCGAAUGUGGGCUGUUCUGAACAAAGCAAUUGGUAUGUGGAUUCCACACCGUGUCUCGAGAUGCGCGAUUUUAUUUGCAAGCAAUCAGUCCCGCUUGACGUCGAUUCAUUCUCGUCGGCCGGGUUGAGCAUGAAAUCUGCCCUAUCGGCCCUACUCACGUAUCUUCCCUGGUUGUCAGCUCAAACGUAUAUGCCCACAAACGCUUGGUCCGCACUGUCAGCCUGGCCGAAUUUGGCCUCGUUUUAUCGGGGCGAUAAUUCUUAUUUGUACACGGGGAACUCGAGAAGUGUGACACCGAAAACCAACACAACAAAACCGGCGGAACCCAAAUCGAAAAAAAAUGAAAGAGAGAAUGCGUUCAACCAAACCGGCAGCACCACUGCCGUCCCAGUUGUUACUGGUGUUUCAAACACAACAACAACAAGAACAACAACUCCACCGACGACGAAAACAACAACAACAACCAGUGUCACCACAAAAAACACUACCGUCUCGACGAAGUCUGCGCGUAAACAGAGAAAACGGAAAAAGUAA